AUGUAUUCUUGGCUCCGGGCAUCUGGGUUUGCUCGGCUCAAGCUAAAGCCGAUCGGACCGUAUCUUCGAGGUCGGGAGCGCGCUUUUGCCUCGAAGACCUCGGUCUCCGGCCCUGAUGGAGGUGAUUCCAUCGACUCUGAGCCAAGCUUGCGGCACGAAAGCAGUGCAUCGACAGCUGCGGCUUGUCCAGAGGAUGAUGAAGACUUGGCCGGCAUGCGGGUUGGCACGCUACAAAUGAUGCAGCAUGGUGCUGCAAGGAGCAUAAAGCAAAAACGCACUCUCGACAGCGCCGGGCUGCGACGCAGAGUCCAGCCCAACACGGCCUCGAAUUCGAUGCUGGGCGUGGAGGAUGGAACCAAGCAGGUGAAGCGUUCAAACAUUGCCGAGCGCCAGUUUCUGACUGCUGAUGGCGCUGAUGGCCGAACUGUUUUCCAACGAGAGAGGAGUGCGUCAAGGAAUCGCCUACAGAAAAGCGUUGUGUUAGCUGCCGAUUAUCGUGCUGGCAGAAGUGAGCCGGCAGCCAACGACGAUCGUGACUUGGCAGAGAUUGAGCAAGAGGUGGAGGAGGCAAUCAGUAUCGCACAGGCCGAAGGCGAGUUUGAGAACUUGGAAGGCAAAGGAAAGCCGCUGAAGAGCCUCCUGGGUGCUGAGAACCCGUAUUUGGAUCCUGCUGAUCGAAUUGGCUAUGGCUUACUGCAGAAGCAUGGCUAUGCUCCGGAGUGGAUCGAGCAGCAAAAGCGAAUCCACCGCGACGUGGAGCACUUUGGCAGGACACUGGCUGAUGCCUGGAGGGCCAGCAAUUUCAACCCAACUGCAGCCUUCGUGACACAGAAGGACCGAUUUCGGCACGAGAUUGCCAAGCUGAACAAGCGAGUUCGGGACUACAACCUGAACUGCCCGGCCUCGGCACAGAUGGUCCUUUUCGAUGCCGCUGAGGAGGUACGCAAGGCCAAGCGUGAAGCAGAGACGCGUCAUGCACAGGUUUCGAUCACAGCAUAUCACAACCUCUGCAACCUAGGCUUCGACACGACCUCCAGGCAGCUCGUCAUUGUAACAUCUUGUAGCGUAGGUGAGUGGGCGGAUGGAGUGGCACGUGCUGCAAGGGUGGCUGGCGCCUUCGGAUUCGGCAGCUCGUCGACUGAGCACCAAAGCAUGAAGAUUCAGUGGGAGCCGAACCUGGCCCUAGAGCCCUUCAUGAGAGGAGGCAACUUCAUGGCUUCCCCAGGACUGGCGAGGGAGAUCAUGACCUCACAGGCGUUGAAGGAAACCUUGUCGUCUCGCCUUGGACUUUUUGGAUUGUUUGCAUUGGCCGGGCGUCGGAGAUCCAAGCAGUCGAGUGUGCCAAGCGAGCUGUCGCCUGUAAUCUGGGAUGAGUUCAUCGAGCUCAGCCAUUGGUCACCACUGCAAGCGGCACUCUGGAAAGCGAUCCGAACGAGGCGACCCUUACCUCUGUCAGGCUCGCUAGCGCAGCUCCUGCAUGGAUCUGACGGGCCUCAGCGCGCUUGCAACCUCCUUGCUGCGGCUCAGGAGAUCCGGCUCCGAUCUGGUGACAUCCUUUCUGCGAGCGAAAUCUUCGCAGAGGUUGAGGAAUUGGUGCAGCUUGCCAUAGCCCUGCUGUCUGGAUGGGCCUCCAGUGUAACGCUGCCGGAGGUAAUCAAGGGCUUGCGUGAUUGGCCAAUCAUCCAACUUCUUGCGGACUUGGAAGUGUCGGAUUUGGCAGAGCUUCAAGCCAUAGGUCGCCAGCUUGGACCAUCAAACCAGAUGGUGCGAUUCCUACCAUCACCACAGGUCGUCCCGAGCAUUGUGCUGCCGUACAGAGAGCCGCUCAGCGAUCACGACAGGGAAAUUGGCCGCUUUCACUGCACGACGGAUUUCUUUGCAGAGGUGGAGUUCUGGCUGCAACAGGUGGCAUGCUGGCUGCCCGACUGCUUGCUCUGGGCAGGGCACCGCUUGCAGGGACGCCUCACGGCUGCCUGCAUGGAGGCCAGGGGUUUCACGCUUGGAUAG